AUGUUGCCACUGAUUCGAAAACCUCAGGGGCUCACUUACCGCCUUGCCAGCGACUUCGUGGUGCCUGGCGGUGCUGCAGGGAGGCUCAGCGCUACCCGCACGAUUCGCACGGCGCAAACGGAUCGACUAGGUGUGAAUCCUGGCCGUGGGUCUUCUGCGACUGCUGUGCGAGCAUUUGACGGGGCAGCUUGGGAAUCCUCCUCCUCGUCGAGCGCUUUGGAUCUUCCAAUUGGAAUGGCCGAAACUGUGGUAGGACUUGCAGCCCUCUAUGCCAUCAUGUCCAUGGCUGAGUACGUCUAUCACCGAUACUUCCAACAUUUGGGCUUGAACAAGGUGGGCGCAGUACGUACCGUCAGAAAGACAUUCAAGCUCAACACCUUUCAAGGUGAUGGACAUGUGGAGCACCAUCGGGAGACGCUGGACGACAUGACCUUGGACGUCGAGCCUGGCCGCGAGCUGGUCCUGGAUAUCGAUCCUUUCCGCGGUGCCGGGGCUGGGGACCAGCUGCAGUACCAGCUUCCCAUGGCAUGGUACUUUGAAGAUGUUUAUUGGCGUCUUUCUGUUGGCUUUCCCUACGCUUACUUUCCUGGCUGGUCCGCGCAGGUGAUUGUACCAGUGGUGGUGUCUGCAAUGCUGUUCCAUGCCCUUCUUUGGAAUGCUCUUCAUCCGCACAUGCACGGCUUGCCUGAUGUCCCGCUAGAGGUGGGUGCUCCAAGCUGGGUGCUGAAGGCCUUCAGAGACUCCGCACUCUUCAACUUCUUGCGAGAGAACCACGCAGGUCAUCAUCGUGCCGUGGGCUCUCAUGGGAACUACAAUGUGUGCUGCCCUGGAGUGGACCAGAUUGUGGGCACAAAUGUUGAUCCUGUGACAGGUGUGCCACAACCAAAGCCAGUUCCUGACUGGGUGGCGCCACUGUGCCUUUUGGCAAUCACACCAUUGAUGCCCGCCAUGGUGCUGUUGUGCUUGGUUGUCUUGGUGACCUACCCACCAUUGCCCAGAGCUACUGCCAAAUAG